CCUCAUCGUCAUUUAAUGCCAAACUUUGCAUGAAUUCGGUCGUUCGCGUUGUGUACGAUAUCAAGGUAGUGAAUGUUGAAAAUUUCUUUCCUUUCACAAAACCGUGUUAUUCUGCUGCUCGAGGGGUGAAAAUAUUUGAAAUUGAAUAUUUUAAACGACUAGGACGAUUUGCAGAAAGAUAGUGGCUUUCAAUCAUUGCGGUGAUUGAAUAAGAAGUGAAAAGAAAAAAAACUUCCUGCUUUAUGGCAGCAGGCAAAAUGACCUGUCACGGAUUGUAAUUUUUUUUCCUGUCCCGUUUGUGAAACUCUCCGCUGGCCAAGAUCACGAAAAGGUCAAUUGUGGCGAGGUGUCUACCGAGAUUUAAUGUGCUGUAAGACAAACCUAUGCCCGCGAUAACCUCCUCGAUAAUUAUUAUUGAACUUUUAUUGGCAAUGUUCAUUAGUUUCGGUAAAGGUGAAGAAUUUGAAGUGUUGGUGAAAGAAGAGGGAUAAAAUUGCACUCGAAGUGUGUGGUUUGACAAAAAUCCACUACGAACAGCGGAAAGUGAACGGGUGGAGGAACUAUUUCCGAUAACGGAUCACCCGCGAUUGACAUCAGCAGUAGCAGCUGCAAGCAGGAAGCGAUUGCUUCGCCACCACACGUUAAGGUCCAGUAGUUCAUCAGCUCCAUUUGACCGAGAUAGAGGAGUCAUUCAUGAUCAGAUUUAGGUGUUGCAUCAUGCUCUUCGAGGAUCUCACAUAAGCACAUCGAUAGAAAUAAAAAUGCAUGCAUACCGAGUUCGCCCUGGGGUACUAGUGUCCCCAUAGACCGCCAAAGGGUACCGACCGACGAAUAUCACGAGCUGACAUCCGCGCGGCCGCAACGACUGUACAACGAGAUUUAAAAAGUGAGAUUUUCAACAGCCAAGCUCUUCACUAAUCUAGUCAUUUUUUCCGUGCUCAUUGGUGUGCUAGCUAUAAAAUUUUAUGCUCCAAUCCGUGCGUAUAGAUUUUUGUCGCUCCGUUGUGCGGUUGGUAUAUGGUAUGUGUGCGCAGUUCAACCCCUCAAUGAAUAGCUAAUAAACUGUCAAGUGUUUAUAUCUGGCGUGUGUAUUUGUACCUCGGUUGUGGAAGUGAAACAAUCUAACGAGCAUUUUUGGGGCAGCCUACCACCCACCGAUAGAGGCAAAAGUGCACCGGAACGCGCUUCGGUUCAGAGCGGCCAGGCGAGAAAAGAUAGUGUUCAACGAAUCAAAAUAAACGGUGGGGAGUACCAUCAACCAGCUAUCCUGCAGGAGUGCAAAGAAAGUGUUUGUCCAUAGUGUUCCGUAAGAAUCUUGUCAAUCAAAAGUGUUCCGCAGAUCCGUCAGUGUAUAGUUGUUAGUGGGCUGAAAUCGAUUAGUGUUAAUCUGUGCAACCGAAGAAUAGGAUUAUCCCGCGGGAAUCAAUUAGAUCACCCCCGGAAUUCAUCAUGCCGGUGAAUGCCAUCGGAACCGAGCAGCUAAGCGGCAUUGAGGAAGAAUCGGACAUCUACGAAGCAUUUGCACCCCAUGUGGACACCGCAAACAUCUCAGUAUUGACCGAUACUCCUCCAGGAAAAAAGCCAAAUCUAAAGACAUUUCAAGAAGUGCAAUCACUCAUUCAGCAGGGCAAGAAACGUGAAGCCAAACUAGUGCUAAGGGAAAACUCAUGGCCCACCAACUCAUCGAUCCGGUCGCAGCUAUGGCCAGCGCUCUGCAGCCAGCAUCACGUCGGCAAGAGCAUGCUGGAUGGGUUCUACUGGGACAUGGUGAAUCAGGUCUUCGGAACGACAGAACUGCCGGAGAAACCGAUCAUGCUACCACCCUUCGUCGACUCCACCCACUGCCUGCCCUAUCACCUAACGCGGAAGGGGCGGGCGGUGGCCGAUCGAGUAGUCAGCGUUCUCGGUUACGCCUGUCCGGAUAUCACCUACAGUCCCACGCUGUACCCGAUUACGGCGAUCCUCCUUCAUUUCAUGUCCGAGGAGGAAUGCUACCAUUGUAUGGCGAGUCUGGUGGCACCCAAGGAUAAAGUGUUUAUCACACAGACAAAACUACUGUACGAAGUCACCUGGAAGACUGUGAUGCAAAUUGCCAAAAAACAUGCGAAAUCCGCUGUGCUGUAUUUAACGAGAUUAUGCCCGGGCCAGAAGUCGGAGCGGGUUUUCAUGGACUGGUGUUGGUGGGUGCUGGGCGGGCUACCGUUUCCGCACCUGGUACGCGUGAUGGACUGCUUCUUCCACGAGGGCAUCAAGGUGUUCUAUCGUGUUUCGCUGGCGAUACUGAUUCUAUUCCACAAGCACGCGACCGCCACCAACUCCGAGUGGGACGCGGACACGAUCAAGAAUGACAUCGACAACGCCCUGCCCAAGUUCUGCAAGAACAUCCCGGUCUCGCCGACCAAGCUCCUGCGGACGGCUUUUAGUAUAAGAGCACUUAGUUCAACCUACAUAUCUAGGAUUUUUCUAAAGACUGAAAUGGUACUAAAGAGUAAAUCAGUUCUUAGUGGUUCGAAGCAGAUGGUAAGGUCACGUUCUAGCGAUAAUUUACCAACCAGUCAAUCACAAGUCAACGUACAAAUGAUGUCACACACACUAACCAUUAGAGAGAAGUUGAAGGAUGAUCGACUAUCGUGUCGGGCAAUGGGCGCUCAUUCUCCUGAUGUUAGAGUAUUGUCGAUGGGUGUUUUUCCGACUCAAGCAAUAAAGAGUAAAGUUUGUGAUCAGGAUGACCUAUUUACACUUUGGUCCUGGCUGCCAGUUAGAAUAACAAUGUAUCAGCCCGUACUGCUGUACACAACGGAGGAGCAUGGAUGUUCACUGACAACGUUUUACGUACGAGUCGAGCAGCACGAACCGACAUUGCUGAUGAUCAAAACCUGUAACAAUGAGGUGUUUGGUGCCUACUGCUCGUCACGAUGGUUCGAGCGUAACUUGAAGGACGACCGUGGCCAGCGGCAGGCGUAUUUCGGCACCGGCGAAACGUUUCUGUUCUCCCUUUAUCCUGAGCGCGCAAAGUAUCCCUGGGUCGGCAUCGAGGGUGACAAAGGACUCGGCCAUGGUUCCGAGCUGUUUAUGGCCGCCGAUUCCAAGAUGAUAACGAUCGGGGGCGGUGAGGGACAAGCAAUCUGGAUGGACGAGAACAUUCGCUUUGGCAAGACGGACCGCUGCCAAACGUUCAACAAUCCGCCGCUGUGCGCCAACGGAGAUUUCGAGAUACGAGUGCUCGAGGUGUACGGCUUUGUAGAGUGUGAAUAACGGUUGAGAUAUAGAUGAGAAGGAUUAUGCUAUACAUAGGAGACCCUAUAGUUAAGAUGUUUAUUUUGUUUCGUUUUUUGAAAUGAGAUGAGAAACUGAGUGAAGGUAACUUGAAAUAUCAACAACGCUUGAAUAAAAAAGAGCUGAUUUUUUCCCGAUACUAAGUUCACUAACGUUGUUUCGUGUUAGUCACCCUCAGUAGUAUGUAUGCAAUGAGUGCAUUUGUCAGGUGAGGAAGAACGUCAUAUUUGAUUGUGUUAGUAACCAAAGAAAAACACGGAAAGCAGCAUUUAUUACAUCGUAAAUGCACCAAAAAAAAAACGAACGAGAAAGCAAUAGCAUUUCCUCACCUUUAAAAUACACUUCAUUGGUAUGUAUGAUGGAACUAUUCAUCAGUGUAAAUAGCGCUUUCUUUGUUCGUUAACCUAAAUAGCUUCCAGAGGAAUGCAUUCGUGUUUGUGUGUACGUGAGAAUGUGAGAAUAUUUUGGAUGUUUCGAUGGACGAGCAGGUACUGUGCACUUUCGUGCAGAAGCGCACGUUUCUUUUCAAAAGUGCAAAACCAGGGCACGGUACCGCUUCGUUGUGAAGGGUGAACCCGAAAUUAUUGUAACACAUUUACAAAUUUAUUAAUCAAACUCGUGUAUUCAACGGAGAAAACACAAUUUUCAACGCAGCGUGAACAUGACUUCCUUCCCUAGUUGGUCUCAGCCGAGGUAGUUGAAUCUGUGGUACCAUCUAUCUUUAAAAGGGAAGUAAAGCCGGUGCUCCUGGUCCAUGUGUUGAUGGGCCAAUAUCUAGGGUCUAGAUGAUGAAGUCAUCUUUCUGGCGUCGGUGAUAGGUACUCAGUGCGGACAGAAGCCAACGGAAAAUACAUGCAUAGAAAAACUGUCCUUGAGAAAAAAACUGCUUCGGAAUAUUCUUAUAUCAUUCCAGCCAAUUCAUAGAAUAGUGAUCUGAAGCUAAAAUAUUUGUUUUCCAUUUUACCACUCAAUUCACAAUACCGAAAGUCUAUUUGGAGACUUUCGGUAUUGUGGAUUUCGAAAUUAUACCGUUUGUUUGUUACAACCAUUUACUCCGAAUUUGUAUUUUCUGGUGUAAAACUCCGGUCCUGCUAGUUGUAUCACCAAUUUACUCACUUCCAUCUUGGUGGCAACAUGACAUAAAUACGAAAUUCUCAGAAUGUAAAUCUUACUUACAUUUCAAAUAGAAACUGUGCAAAGGUUGGUUCAUUUCUGUGCAGUGGGAAAAGCAGUUAGAAUCAGUUGUAAGUGUGGCAAUUAUUUCGUGUUCACCCUUUGCUCAGCAAUCGGAAGCGUGAUGUGAGUGUGAGCCAAUCCUUGAACGGCGGUGAUACAACGAAUAAUUUAUCAAGCCAUUAAUCGAUGUUUUCAGCUUUCGACUUGCAAUGAAUGCCAUAUUUUAUAUAACUUGUAGGGUACUGUUUGUUGUUUUCCGCAUCUGCUGUCGAUGGCUUCUAUCAAUUGUUAUAGCUCUUUUUGUAAUGAACAGUUUGACACUUUUAUCCCGAUUAUUUGUAAUCUUUUGUCUAAUUUGAAAACUGUAACAUUCCAAUGCAUACCGAUCAAUCGAGGGCACGGAUAGAGGUAAUUAUCUUCUGUUUUUUAUGAGGGUAUACUCAGAUAUCGAUUUGAUCAGGAUUCUUCGGAGUAGCACAGUUUGCGAUGAGCGGAAACAACGAAACUCAAUAGAGCUACAAGUAAAUGAUGUCUAGUUAUGUAUUUGUGGCAAAUUCAGAAAAUUUGGGGUGAAAUUUCAAAUUUCUUGUAUGAGUGGAAACAACUGCUACAAUUAUAACUCGAUAAAUUUAUGAACUGUUAAAUGUUUAAUCAUUUUCCAACAAUCAAUCAAGCUUUAAUAUUGUUUGAACCCUACAAGCUUCGAUUGCAAUAUGUUAUUCCAUCUCAUAAUCAGAUUAUUCACUGCUGAGCAAAAUAUCUCCUGACAAACUCAAUCAAAAGUGUAUGUGUAUUCGCAAAUCAAAUCGAACAAACUGUUAUAUUUAGUAGCUAUUAGCAUACUCAUCGUAUUAGCCAUUUUAAGCCAAGCAAAACAAUAGGAAGCCACAGGAAAAAAAGACCAGAUAAACCGGCACACUCCUUGCAACGGCACCAGGUUUUGCCUCGAAGGAAAUGGAACUGGUCUGGUGGAGUGUGCCGAAAUUAGAGCAAUUUUUCUCUUUGGAAAUUCAAACGCAUAAAAAGGGAAUCAAAACUAGAUUUCAUCGAGCCGUAAGGAGCAAUACAGUUGAGCUCCGCAGAUACCCAUAGAUUAUAGGGACUUUUCGUGUUGGUCUCAGUCGUUUUGAAUUUAAAUGUGUUGCGACCGUUGUUUAGCCAUACAUAAAUCCAUAGUGGUACCGACAGGAAAUCUAUUUAGGAGAAGAUCGGUUUUCAACAGUUUCAACUAGUUGUUCUUGCAGCGUUAUUAUUAUCCAGCAUGUACUGUUUCUGACACACUACUGGUCAAUGUCGUCAAACGAACUGUUAAGAAAUUACUCCGCAUAUCGAAUCAUUAAGAAAGAGACAGAAAAAAAACAGUAGACCAGGAACAAUAAGUAAGCCAGCAAAUUAAGAAAAUUCAUUGUGUGUAUGUGUGUGUUCCAAAACGAUAAA